UAUCAACACGGUGGCUUGAAUUACGGGUUUGUUGAAUUUAAUGAUCAUCGCUCUGCUGAACAAGCUUUACAGACAUUGAAUGGGAGAAGGGUGUAUGACAUGGAAAUCAAAGUUAAUUGGGCUUUCCAAGGGCAACAACAACAUAAAGAAGACACAUCAAAUCACUAUCACAUUUUUGUUGGCGACUUGAGUCCAGAGGUAAACGAUGAAGUACUAGCAAAGGCGUUUAGCGCAUUCGGAAGCAUGUCGGAUGCUCGUGUUAUGUGGGAUGUUAAUUCAGGGAAAUCUCGAGGAUAUGGGUUCGUGGCUUUUCGUGACAAGACUGACGCUGAGCAAGCAAUUGCAACCAUGAACGGUGAGAUUUACAUUAGAUAUGGUUUAGUUGAUCAGAGUCAAGAGCGCGAAAUGUGGAUGAAGAGCGAAUGGUUAGGUAGUCGUGCUAUUCGAUGCAACUGGGCAAAUCAGAAAGGCCAGCCAGGUCCGGGUAGCAAUACGUCUGAUCGACAAGGAAAUACUCCGCAAGCACCUCAACUUUCUUACGACAUUGUUGUCGCACAGACACCUCAGUACAAUAGCACCGUAUAUGUAGGAAACUUGCCACCAUUUACUACACAGGAACACUUGAUGCCAUACUUUCAACCAUAUGGAUUUAUUAUCGAGAUUCGCAUGCAGGCAGAUCGGGGGUUUGCUUUUGUGAAAUUAGAUACGCAUGAUGCAGCCGCUCGUGCAAUUGUCAAUUUGCAAAAUACCCAAAUCAAUGGUAGAAUCAUCAAGUGUUCUUGGGGUAAAGACAGGGCACCGGAUCAGGGAGCCAAUUCGUAUCAUGCUGCCGCCGCUGCAGCAGCAGUUGCCUAUAGUAUUCCGUCAACUUAUAGUUAUAAUACUUAUGGUUACUUCAGUAAUCAUGCCGCUCAUCACUAUCCUACUCCAGGAUCAGAAACUGGAUAUGAUCUUCCGCCGGGCAUGACAGCUCCACCUCAGUCCAUUGCAUCACUCGAUGGCAAUGCAGCAGUAGCUGCUCAAACACAACAUGCUAAUGCUGCAUGGGAUACUUAUUAUGGGGGUAAUGCUAAUUAUGAACCAUAUGGAUAUUACGGUGGGUACGGAUAUAAUGCACAGGCAGGACACGGAUCGGCUGCACCUGGUUUGGGUGCACCCGGACUCGGCGCACCUGGAAUGGGAGGACCUACGUCGCCGCACGCCGUCGCUGGUGGACAUCCUCAUAGUCAUUCUGGCGGAAAUGCUUAUUCUGGAUGA